GGAAACAGAGGGAGAAUCCUCGUGCUUCUGUGGUUGCGCCUCCCCUUUCUGUCGAUCCCUCUCAGGAGCAUCGGGUCAAGCGAAGGCGUGACCACUCAUCAACUGCUGUUUCUGAUCCUGCCUCUUCAGGGGUGACGGAAGCUACAAUAGGUGCAGCCGAGGCCCCGGUUGACUCAGUUCCCCUAUCGGUCGAGGAAUCGGCUCCCCUGGAGGUAGCAUCUGAGGUUAAGACCGGAGGUGGGGUCCUUUCUGUCGAGGUCUUUGAUUCAGGGAAGUGCAUCUUCCUUGACCACGAGUUCACCAACUUCGAUUCUUUCGUCGACGUAUCAGACGACGAUUGCUGAAGGGUUCCUCUAUCCUGACUUGGCUACUGCAGGCUCGUAAAACGUGUGUAAGACUUAUGUCUACCUUUUUUUUUCCUGAUGUUUUCAGGAUUGAAUCUCUUUUCUUUGUGUGGUUGCACAGUUCCUAUUGUAGUAGCUGAGCCAGUCGUUGAGUUAGGGGAAGCCACAGUGGAUGAUAUGGCUACUGAAGCUGCCAUUCCUGAAGUUGUGGUAACCUCACUUGAGGUCCCUGCGACGCAGGUCACUGCUGACACUCCUGCCCCUGUUCCAGCUAGGACUACCCGUCGAAGGGGUAAGGGUAAGGCUCCGACUGUGGCGUACCAGAGGCCUCCUUCGCUUCCUUCUCCUCUUCGCUUUGUGAGGAUGUAUUUGGACUCGAGGCGGGAUACAGGCACUUCGUCAGUGGCCAAGCCUGUCACUGAUGAGGAAGUUGCCUCCCUCUUGAGGUCCAAUCCUUCUGAAGAGGAGGCUUAUGAGCCCAUUGGGCUCCUGGUGACUGAAGGAGAGGAGGUGACGAUGGCCCUCUCUCUAAGUCAGAUUGAAAAUGCUAUUAAACAGGUAUCUUUUUUAUCUUUUGCCAAUUUACAUUCCCUUUGUUUUGAUAUUUGUUCCUGACUUAAGUGUGUUCUGUCCUACAGACUCUUCUGAGUAGCCACAGCCGUUCACGCUGAACGGUUGCGCCUACUUAGGAAGCUCAAUGAGUCCAGGGUCAGGAACCUUCGGACUCAGGUUGCCCUCCAGCUUAGGGAAACCCAAUACCUUAAAGUCCAGGUUUCCCUUAGUUGAGGAGGCUAAGGAGCUGAAAAAGAAGCUUUCUGAGGCAGUAGCCCCUCCUGAGCUUACACAGAAGGUCAAAGAUCUUGAGGUUCAGGCUGCUGCCAAGGACGAAGCUCUUGCGAAGCUGGGCGCUGAAAAUGCUGCUAAGGAUAAAGCUUAGGCUAAGCUUAGCGCUGAGUUGGAGGUUGUGCGUGCUGCUCUCUUAGAAGAGGCUCUUAAAGAAAAAGAGCAGCAGGUGAGCAGAUGCUGCCAUUUUGAAGCGACCUGCUCCCAAAUCAGGCUGGAGGCGAGUUAGCAGAGGGAGAGGAAUGAGGCAGAGUUGGAGGGUGUCAGGGUAGAGGUGCAGCGUCUCACAAACGACCUGUCCACUCAAAGGUGGGACCAAGCUACUGCAGAGUCUCAACUUGUGGCUCUGAAGAGACAACUACAAGAGUCCUCGCCUUUUCUGUCUGCCAAGGCCAAGGAGGUUGAUGAGCUAAAAUGUCAUUCUGGAGUCGGAGCUUGCAGCCAAGGAUAAAACCAUUGCUGGACUCAAAGAUCAGCUCCAGUACCAACUCAAGGCUGUGCAGGACUUAGUUAAAGCCAUUGGACCUCCUCCUCUUGUGGGGGG